AUGUACACCCAAUACAAGCUAUUGGAUCUGGUAGAGGGGAAGGAGGAGAUGCCGGAGGCCGCAGAGCUGAAAGGGAGCGUGGAUGAAGCGAGCGUUCGACGCGCUUGGAGGAAGCUUUUGGAUGUGCACUCACCAACACACGCUACCGGCAUUGUGCUACUCGCGCGGCGGCUGCGCGACAUCAAGUUCGUUGAUGGAGAGCUGAUGCAACCGGUGUUGGACGAGAUGCAUGACAUCUUCACGAAGCUCCAAGGCAGUGCCCCAGAGGAGCGUGGAUUACAUUCGCGCGCGCGCAUCCAUGAGGAGGACUUGCGGCAGCGGAGUGUGGAGCGCUCAGAGGAGGGGGCUGGCUAUGGAGUUGGAGGUGGAAAGAGUGGCUUCAAGAAGAAGUGGAAGGGCAAGAACAAGGAUAACCCUAAGGAGGAUGGCGGUGGGGUCAAGGAGAGGUGUGCUUCUACUGCAAGAAGCACGGACAUCAUUGGCGGAAGUGCUACCAACGACCCAAGGAUUGGACCCCGCCUUCAUCAAGCAACCAGCAUGGUGGCAAGAGGAGUGGGGGAGUCAUGGGAGCUAGUGGAGAGGAGAAUGAUGAGGACAAAGGUGGCAAAUCUGAGGAGCAGAAAGCCGGGUUCUUCUUCUUCGUGA